AUGCCCGAUCAGCGUUGUGCUUUUAUAUCUUCAGCAUCGGUUGGAGAGGAGGCUGCCCCCCUUCAGAGAUCAGGUGGUGAACCUGCAAGCGCUGCCACCAAAGGUGGCAGACCCAGCCAUGGCUUUGUUAAUGCAUGUCUCGUACACGCACUGCGAUUGUAUGUCGACGGAACGCAAAUAUUUAGGACCUCAGAUCAGCUCUUUGUCUGUUACGGUGGUCAGCAGAAAGGGAAAGCUGUAACCAAGCAGAGGAUGUCUCACUGGAUAGUGGACACAAUCGCCCUUGCUUAUGAAACACAGAGCUACAGAUGUUUAGGUGAAAAUCUGCAGUUUCCUGAGUUUAAUGGGGCAACAGGAAAAAGCGUAGUGCUCGCCCCAGAAGACCCACCUUACACUUCUUUACAGAUUUAUUUAAUUACAUGGACUUUUGGAGGGGUUACUAUUCUUUUCUCAAACGCUGCUGGAACUUCAGUAUCUCCAGACUAUGAAGGCAGAGUUAAUCUGGACCGCACCACUGCUGCUCUGGAGCUCAAGAACCUGAGGCUGAAUGAUUCUGGGCCAUACAGGCUGACUGUUACAACAAGUGAUCUCCAAAACCAUAUAGGACAAACUUCACUCAAAGUGUAUGAAACAGUAUCUGACACAACACUCAUCGGUCCACAGGAAUCAUUAAUAGAGGACGAAUCAAGUGUAAAGUUAACCUGUGAAGGAAGCGGCAACAUCACUUCUGUUGAAUGGAUGAAAAAUAAAAAUCCACUGACACCCAGCAACAGAAUCAUAUUCUCAUAUGAUAACAGAUCAGUGUUGAUCAGUCCAGUGAACAGAUCAGACAGUGGAGAAUAUCAAUGUACAUUAAGAAACCCUGCCAGCUCUGAUACUGCAAACCUCAGACUUAUCAUCAGCUAUGGACCAGAAGAUGUUUUUAUUAACGGCCCGAAUGAAGUGGAUUCAGGCCGUCCUGUGUCACUGUCUUGUUAUGCCAUUUCUGUACCUUCUGCUUCAUUCACCUGGAGGUUUAAUGGAUCAGACACCGGUGUAACCACAAACACAUUUACCAUUGAUAAGAGUGACAUCACACACAGUGGAGAUUACAUCUGCACAGCCCACAAUGAUGUCACAGAGAUAAAUGUCCCUCAAAGACAUCUAUUAGUAGUUAAAGCAGGUGGUGGAGGUGGAGGGCUGACAACAGGAUCAAUAGUUGGGAUUGUCAUUGGAGUUUUAGUGGCAGUUGCAGGCAUUUUUGGUUUGAUUUUCUACUUUAUAAAACAAAGACAACAUUCUGAGCCUGGCAUUAAAAUUGCUGAAACUUCUACGAUAUAUGAAAACGUUGACUUUAAAAAAUAA